AUGGGCAGCAACGGAGCCGUGACAGUGCUGAGCAAGUCCAUCACGCCCUAUCAGUUCAGCUCAGAAGGCAUGAUCAAGGCAGCCAGCAGGCAGCAGCCCCAGCACCACUACAGGGUGUCAGAGGCAGACAUGUUUGUCAUCAAGACGCUGGGCCGCGGCGCCAGCAGCGUGGUGUUCAAGAGUUUCCUCAUUCGCGAGGGCAAGUUUGUGGCGCUCAAGAAGAUCAACAUCCUGCAGAAGGAGACGCGCCAGCAGAUGAUGAACGACGUCAAGGCGCUGUGCGAUGCGCCGAACGUGCCGGGCCUCAUCAACUUUUACGGCGCAUACCACGUGCCAGACAGCGGCCAGCCUCAGAUUUCAAUUGUGCUGGAGUACAUGGACGGGGGAUCCCUGGCGGAUGUGCUGCGCAAGGUUGGAGUGAUACCCGAGGGCAUCCUCAGCCGCAUCACAGCGCGCGUGCUGCAGGGGCUGGCCUUCUUGCACAGGAAGCACCUGCCUGCAAACAUCCUGAUGAGCCUGCAGGGGGAGGCCAAGAUCGCAGACUUUGGCAUCAGCGCGUUUGUGGCCAACACCGUCGCAAACGUCACCUACAUGUCACCCGAGCGGAUUGAAGGCAAGCCAUACAGCUUCCCAGCAGACAUAUGGAGCCUGGGCCUGGUGCUGGUGGAGGCCGCCACGGGGCGCUACCCCUACGACGCGCACAGCGGCCCAGUGGAGCUCAUGAUACAGCGGCGACCAAGGGCCGAGCAGCUGCUGCAGCACCCAUUUGUGACGCGGCACGCGGUUGGUGCCCCAGGGGCUGGCGAUGCAGGGGAGGGUCGGCGUUUCAUGUCUGUCAUGGUGGACCCCCUGGAGAGGAUGGAUGAAAUAUCGUUCCAGUUUGCCUGGAUGUACUACGCCUCGCUGUCAAAGGGGCCGCAGGGCCUGCGGCGGCUUGGAGGCCUCUACUCCUCCACCUCGGUGCUUCACCACGAGGGCACUGUGUGCUGCGGGCGCGAGGCCAUUGUGGCGCGGCAGCAGCAGUACGCAGCGGCAGGGGCGAGCGACGCAGUGUGGCACAUCAAGACGGUGGACUCGCAGCCAUUGGGCGUGGACGGAACAAUCCUGGUGCAUGUGGACGGCAGGGUGUCGCGCGGCGGCAGCGGCCGGGAUGCAGGCGGCUCAGCAGCAUGGACAGCCAACAGCGGCGAAUGUAGCUGCAGCGGCGAUGACGGCCCUGACUUGGGCACGGCCACAGCCUCUGGCAGCAGCAGCGGCGGGGCGGCGGCCUUGAGCGUUCCGUUUGCUGAGUCAUUCAUCCUGAAGCGGUCGCCCACUGGGGGUGAGUACUUCAUCACUAACCAGGCCAUGCGGACACUCUUGUAA